UCUACGAGGCUCGUUUUAAUCGUCUGGUCUCGUGCAGCUCCGUGUGGCUUACAGUCGCGCAGAUAAAGACGCGUCGCGUCUUUUAGGGAGGCGGUGAGAUCGCGCAGUGUGUCUGUCGCAGGAGCGCACUUUGAACUGAGACCCGCAAUGACAGUCGGAUCUUUGAGGCUCAGUGUCACGGGGAAAGCAUGAAUUCAUUGGAAACGACCGUCUACUGUUGAAGAACCAACUGCAGGCAGUGCAUUGUGGAGGCAUGUUCAGUCCUCUGAGCGGAAAGCAGCAGCCGGCUGGUCCGGGCCUCACAGAUCUGCAGCAGUACAGUCAGUGGCUGGCCAGCAGACAUGAGGCCAGUUUGCUGCCCAUGAAGGAAGACCUGGCGCUCUGGCUCUCUAGCAUGCUGGGUGUGGAAAUCACAGCUGAGAGCUUCAUGGACAGGUUAGAUAACGGUUUCCUGUUGUGUCAGCUGGCUGAGACUCUGCAGGAGAAGUUCAGGCAAAAUGACUCAGAUGUGAAUUCACCAGGAAAGUCGAUCCCCAGCCGCAGGAUUCCCUGCCGUGCCAGUGCUGCGUCUGGUUCCUUUUUCGCCAGGGACAACACAGCCAACUUCCUGUCAUGGUGUCGAGAGUUGGGCGUGGACGACACCUGUCUGUUUGAGUCAGAUGGGCUUGUUUUACACAAACAGCCAAGAGAAGUUUGUCUAUGUCUUCUGGAGCUGGGAAGAAUAGCAUCCAGAUAUAAGGUCGAGCCACCUGGACUUAUAAAGCUGGAGAAAGAGAUCGAACAGGAAGAGAAGACACCUGAACCUCCGCUCUCACCCGUAACUCCCACUUCUCAGUCUCCAUCUGCUUCUCCAUCCAUCUCUCCAUUCAACAAGACCAACUCCAGCAAAAAAAGCACCGGCAAGCUACUGGAUGAGGCUGUGAAGCACAUUUCUGAAGAUCCACCCUGUAAGUGCCCAAAUAAGUUCUGCAUAGAGCGACAAUCACAGGGCCGUUACCGUGUUGGAGAGAAAAUGCUUUUCAUCAGAAUGCUGCAUAAUAAACAUGUGAUGGUGCGAGUUGGCGGAGGCUGGGAGACGUUCGAGAGCUACCUGCUGAAGCAUGACCCGUGUCGCAUGCUCCAGAUAUCUCGUGUAGAAGGCAAGAUCUCGCCCAUCUCCGGCAAAUCUCCCAACAUCAGAGACCUCGCGCCCGACAGCUACCUGGUAGUGGCGGCCCACUACAAAAGCAAGAAGUAAAGAAGAAAUGUGCUAAAUAAAACAAUGACUUUUAAUGUAACAUUGAAGCACAGCUCACUGGCUAGCCAUUGACACAUGGACUUCCACUGGCUUUUAGAACUAGCAAGUGUUUAAAGAAAAAAAAAAAAAUCCCAAAACCAAAUUAUGAUAGUGUAGAUCAGCUAGUUUGUGUAUAACAAAGAUACAGAGGAAGCGGAAUCCAGAAACAAGUCUGUUUUCUUGUAUACCAGCUAUUUUCAUUUAUUUUCUUUUUAGUCUCUUUUUGUUUAACUGAUUAAAUAUAAAUUGCAUAACCUAAUACAUUCAAUCAUGUCUAUACAGAAUGAAAUCGCUGGAUGAAUUCAAGUAUUCAUUUCUACCCUGGUAGCUAUUCUUUCAAGUGCUUCUUAUAUUAACUGUAUUAAUGAUUUUUUUUUUAAUGGGGUAUUAUUAUGUAAUAAAGUGAGUUACAUUAUCAGAUUGCUUUCUUCAAGAAACUAGUAAAGUAACUCAUUACUUUUAAAUAUCUGAGUUACUUUCUCAAAUAAGUUGUUUUCCCGUUUAUUGACAGCUCUCCUGUCCCCAUGUUUAGAGAAAUUGGGAGUGAGGUACAGAGGCACUUUCUUCAGCUUGAGGCUUUAUAAUUUCAAUUCUGGUGUAAUAGUUACCAAAAAUAUAGCUUUUGGGUUUUUUUGUUAUUAAAAAAUAAAGAAGCAAGCCCAGCCCAGGUGACAAAAAGUAGCAUAAUGCAUUACUUUCCAUAAAAAGUAACUAAAUAAUGCAAUAUUGUAAUGCAUUAUUUCCCCAUCACUGUUCAUGCAAACAUCAGAAUAGGAUAAAAUGUGAUGUAAAUGACUAUAUUUAAGGAAUGGUGGUUUGAAUAUCAGAAACUGCUAAUCUCCUGAUGGGACAAUCCAGUGAGCGGCGGCUCUGUAGAAAGGUCAAAGGAGAAUGACCAGACUGGAAACCUUGGAUCGCAACAUCAGUGCAAGGCAGAAGAACAUGUCUGAAUGAACAUCAGUCGAUCUCCUGAAGUCAGCCAAGCACAGGAAACUCUUAUCAUGCGUUCAGUGUAAUCCAGUGCUCUCCACAGACAAUAACGCAGUCCAAUAGAGCACCUUUGGCAUGGGUUCUAAUGGCA